AUGUCAGAAAGUGAGGAAACUAUCGACUGUGACGACUACGAGACGGACACCUCGAACAUGGAAACAGACGCAAACAGCAAAGAUAAAGACCAAUGGAAAAUACAAAAGCAAGCUAAAAAGAGAAAAAUAACUCUGAAUGCCAAAAACACAACUACAGCCCUGACUCUAAAACUAACUAAAAUACACCCGAAGGAAAAUUGGCUUGGAGAAAUAAUACCAAUAACAAACAAAUUCCAGGCACUUCAAAACCUAACAGAAGAAAAAGAAAUGAUCACCACCUCACAACCUAAACCAACUCCCAUAUACAUCGAAGCUCCUAAUAUCAAUCCACUAAUAGAAAAAUUAAACGAAAUAGUAGGCCCUACAGAAUACACUCUGAAGCAAUUGAAAGACAAACAAGUCAAACUACAAAUACAAACCCCCAAUGCCUAUAGAGCCAUGAUACGAACGCUAAAAGAGAAGAAUGCAGAAUAUUGUACAUUCCAAGCAAAAACGGAAAGAAAGUUUAAAUUUGUGAUAAAAGGAUUACACCCAAAGCUACAUAUAGAAUACAUUAAAACAGACGUAGAAAGGACACAAGUCAACAUAGAACCGCCAAGAACUAACAGAGAAAUACCGCAGUACGCUAGAUACCAGAGAUAUAGACAUACUAAGAACUAUUGCAAUAAAGCUAGAUGUGUCAAAUGUGCAGGUACCCAUCCCACCGAAAACUGUCCACUAGGCAAAAGAAUAAACAAAGUAGUCUGUGCUAACUGUAGAAACAACCAUCCAGUAAAUUAUAAAGGCUACAUGGUAAGAAAAGAGCUGCAAAAAAAAUUAUUUCCCCCAAUAAGAGACAAAGGAAUACAAAAAUUAGCACCAUCACAAACCAACACUGCAAACACUAACACAAAUGUUAACACAAAUAUCAAAAAUAUAGGAACUAUGCAGAAGAUAGGCAACUUUCCCCAGAUCUGGAAGUGUGCAGAAAUCAUACCUCUACAAAAACCAGGCAAAAAUCCCAAAUUCCCAUCAUCCUAUAGACCUAUAUCUCUUCUUCCUAUGAUUUCCAAGGUAAUAGAAAAAACCAUCUAUAAAAAACUAAUAGAGGAAAUCACCAACAAAAACUUGAUCCCUGAUCACCAAUUUGGAUUUAGACAAAACCACAACACAAUAGAACAGAUACACAGGAUAAUAAACAGCAUAAUCCGUGCCAUGGAAGAAAAAAAAUAUUGUACAGCAGCAUUCCUAGACGUAGAAAAAGCAUUCGAUAAAGUAUGGCACGAUGAUAGUUCUACGUCAGAAUCAAAAAAUGAAAAAUCAUCACUCAAAAAGAUACACGCUGGAGUGCCUCAAGGCAGUGUGCUAGGACCCAUCCUGUAUGAUCUGUUCACCGCGGACCUACCCGCAGCACCAGGAACAAAAAUAUACACUUUUGCCGAUGACACGGCAAUACUAUCUACGCAAAAAAGCGUUAAAAAAGCAACCAAAACCUUACAAAAUCACUUAAACGAAAUAGAAAAGUGGACAAAGGACAACAAAAUCAAAAUUAACACAACCAAAUGUGUACAUAUCACAUUCACGCUCAACAAAGGGCCAAUUCCAAAAAUCAAAUUCAACACUCAAGAACUACCUUAA